AGAGGAGUGUGGAGGUAUGACAGUGAUCGGUAUGUACAGGAGAGGAGUGUGGAGGUAUGACAGUGAUCGGUAUGUACAGGAGAGGAGUGUGGAGGUAUGACAGUGAUCGGUAUGUACAGGAGAGGAGUGUGGAGGUAUGACAGUGAUCGGUAUGUACAGGAGAGGAGUGUGGAGGUAUGACAGUGAUCGGUAUGUACAGGAGAGGAGUGUGGGGGGUAUGACAGUGAUCGGUAUGUACAGGAGAGGAGUGUGGAGUAUGACAGUGAUCGGUAUGUACAGGAGAGGAGUGUGGGAGGUAUGACAGUGAUCGGUAUGUACAGGAGAGGAGUGUGGAGGUAUGACAGUGAUCGGUAUGUACAGGAGAGG